AUGGACUCACUCCGAAAGCUACGCUCUAAGGUUCUCGAGAAGAUUCCAGUCAGCAGCGACAAGAAUGAGAAAGUUCGCGACAAGACCGUUCGCUAUUCUCGUUCUCUGCCGCUGCUACCUCCCAGCGAUCCAGGUCACAUACGGCCCACAUAUAGAGGGAAACGCCCGUUGCAGCCUUCUGAUAUUCGCCACCCUGACGACUUGAUAGCGCCUGAGGCAUUUAGUCGUCGGCCAGUCUAUAAGAAGGGUCGUCGUCCUGUGAAGGCGUCGGAUAUCCGUCAUCCAAUGGAGUUCUCCCUCAAAUCUAUCGACCUGUACAAGAUUGAAGCAGAAAAACCUGUCCCAAAUUCGGACAUCAUGAUUCAAUUUCCCUCGCCACCAACUCAUACUCCUUCCUCCUCUAUCAGUCGCCCCAGUACAGACUCCGAAUAUCGUCCAACUAGACCGAGCACUCGCCCUGCUCCUUUGGAUGAUAUCUAUCCUGACCUUCUGCCACCCAGUAUUUUAUUGAAGCCCACCGAUUUAGCUGAAGAGAGGCGGCGCUAUAAUGCCAUCGAGGCAGCGAAAGGUAGAAAACAGUCCGAGUCCCGCCAGGAACCCCUUCAGCGCCAUCGCAAUGACUCCAGUAGUUCCUUUAGCCGUCCCACGGUCGAAGCUUAUCCGGAGGCAGUUCGAAGAUAUUAUCAAAUUGGGGAAUAUUCGGUUCAGUCACAGAGUGGCCUCACUUCUCACUCCAAUUACUCCACCCAAAGUUUGGGUGUCAAUGCGCGUCUCAGAGAUGGUCCUACCGUUCAUCGCCCCGUCGUGCGCACGGCCUCAACAACGUCCAACAGUGGACCUGUCCACCGUCAACGCAUGUCAUCUUCGGCCCCUGUGAACAACGCUCCUAUGUCGGUCCCUAGCACCCUACCUCUGCAUAAUUCUAUACGCCGCCAGCGCAAUGCGUCUUCGGCCUCUGCCAACAAUGCUCCCAUUUCGGCGCCUAGACCCCUCCAAGCGCAUGAUUCUGGGCAUCGUCACCGCGCUGGGUCUUCAGCCUCUGUGAACAAUUCUCCCAUUUCGGCUCCUAAAGCCCUCCACGCGCAUGGUUCCGGGCAUCGUAACCGCACUGGGUCUUCAGCCUCUGCCAAUAGACCUUCAAAUUCAGCGGCCGCUAUUUAUCGUCAGCGCAUGCCAUCGUUGGCUGCUGCCAGUGGUCCUCCCAACUCGAUUUCCAGGCAUCCCCAGUACCAGACUACAGCAGGCCGGCGUGUCUUUAAGCGCGAGCCACACAGCAGCGAGAGGGGGUUAGCCGUCAGGUCCUCUAAAGAGUCUUUAUCUGAGGGGUAUGUUCUGGUCUCAGAAAAGGUGGACCCAACCUUUUGGAACCGCAUUCCAGGCGACACUUACGAAAGAGACGACAAGAACCCUGCCAUCAUCACUAACUCCAAACCAUGAUUAUUUUUGUGUUUCUGAAAUGUACAGUUUACUCAUUGUGUCGUUUUUUAAAUUCCAGGUUGAACGACAUUCCUUUUUUCCUGCAUUGUAUCAUCUGCAACACACACGUUCAUUACUCGCAACGGCGACACGACAUUCCUUUUGUACCACGGUGGCAUUCCGUUAUGCAUGCUUCACCCUCCUUUGUAAUUCAUGUGUACUUUGAAAUGACAACUUUCGUGUAA